AUCACCGUCAUUCUAGCUUGUCAUGCAAUUGUACAUUAGUUUCGGGUAUUACGACACAUUAUUCAUUAUUGUAUAUUAUGGAUGCUUACUAUUACUGCCAUAGAUUUUCGUGUUUAAUUUUUACAUAUCAGCUGAACAGUGCCUUUCAAACCGAAAUGUGAAAAUGUUCCCCUUACUUCACCAUGACAUGCAAGACCUGCAAACAUAUUUCUUGUUUCUUCCUCCAUUGUAAUGUACACUUCAUUGUCAGCAAUAUCUAUUUCACCUUCACUGCCAAAGAGCUUCUUUUAUCUUUGCACUUGUAUCCUUAUAUUAUCCUUAUAUUCUGCUGUAUUUAGAAAGUGGCAGUUUUGCAUAAUAUUUGGAAUAAUUACAUAUGUACGAUAAUUUUACCAAAAGUACAAUAAUUUCAACCUGUGUAGUACGAUAAUAUGGCCAAAACAAUCUGGCAACGCUGACUGCUGCUGCCUGGCAAGUCUACCAGUCAGCGUGUCGCGUCUAUGGGUGGUUUUAGUACGCAUCUGUUUCAACUCCCAGCCUGACAGAAUUUGUGUGUGUAUGUUUUUUUUUUUUUUUUUUUUUUUGUGUGUGUGUGUGUGUGUGUGUGUGUAACCACGCCUACACAGUGGCUGCGAAGGCUUACCCAUGAGUUAAACCUUCUUUAGUUGGUAAUGGGGAAGGCGUGGGCUCUAGCAGUGGACACCCAGAAGGCAGCAGUGGGUGAAAACAAGCAAAAUAAAGAAAAGUUUGGCUGAGAAGGUGCUAGACAGCCAGCCAUAGUGACAAGGAGGCACCACCACCAUCACCACCACAGGGAAGGUCUUAGAAGUUGCAGAUUAAAUGCGUGCAAGAAAUUUCUUUCAUGGUUGCCAGCGUAUCAGUAUGAUAAGUUAUCCAGAGGGUGUGUGGCCUGAGCUGAAAGCAAAUAUGCAGGUGUGAGAGCGGUCGUCGACUAAUUCAGAGUGAACGCGGGCCUGCUACAGCCCACAGGUCUCAAUCGUGUCAUCGCACUGGCGUUCUGUGUGAGCACUGUAGGAUUAUUUACAUAUCAAAAACGACAUUACCACCCUUCACUCUCAAGAAGAAGAAGUAGAGUGAACAAUUCUUGACUGAAUAAGGAGGAACAACAACAGUGUGUAAUAUUGAACACACAAGGCCACACCACAAGCCUCACACCACUACAAGUCUCAGCACAGCUGCCCAGAAGGACUAGAACCUGGUGCCCCAACACACAUGUGGCAAACAUGGACAUGGAAUAACAAGACACGUCUGAGUGUAACGCAGGAGCUGCAGCUAAACACGACAGUGUCUGUCUCAGCUGCACUUUCCAGCAGCCGGUAAUCCUCACAGCCACAGGAUGUCAUCCUCAUGCAGUCCUUCCUCAGGGUCAGGCAUUCUGAAACAAUGGGUGUAGACAUUGAUGCAGUUCUUAAAGAAAUUGGAGAAUUUGGGUCCUACCAAAGACGCAUAUACUUCCUCCUGUGCCUGCCUGCAAUAUUUGUGGGUGCUGCUAAUUUGGCCCAAGUCUUCAUUGCUGCUACUCCAAAAUACAGGUGUGUGGUGCCAUUGUGUGAUGCCAACAUAAGUAAUCCAUCAUACAACCAACCAUUCCUCAACUUCACUAUCCCUUACAACACAAAGGAUAAGUCUUGGGAUGGAUGUCACAGAUACCAGCGCCUCCAUAAUAAUCACUCCUGCAUACCAGAAGACUUUAGUAAGAAUGUUACAGAGGAGUGCCCUGAAGGAAAAGCCUUUUCUACUAAUAUUUAUUCAUCAACAAUAGUCUCUGAGUAUAACUUGACCUGCAAUGCAGCAUGGAAAACAGAGAUGUCUCAGACCAUUGUUUUUGCUGGUGUCAUGGCUGGUUCCUUCUUCUUUGGGAUUGUGGGAGACUUAAUUGGCCGCAAAAUGACGCUAAUGAUUGCAAUUUUGUGCAUGGCUGCUUCUGGCACCGUGUGUGCUCUUGUGGCUGCAUUACCAACCCUCUUCUCCUGCCGCUUUUUCAAUGCCAUGAUGAGUAAUGGUGUAUUCCAGACUGCAUUUUUAUUGGGAGUGGAGCUGAUGGGCCCUACCAUGAGAUUACCAUGUGGAAUAAUAAUUGAGUACUUCUAUGCCCUUGGGGAGAUGUUCCUGAGCUUGGUCUCGUGGUGGGCAAAGGACUGGAGGAUGAUUCAACUUAUUAUCUCAGGACCCUGUAUCGUGCUUUGUGUUAUAUUGGUGAGGUCAAAGUUGAUUCCAGAAUCUCCACGCUGGCUUCAGGCACAAGGGAAACAUGAAAAAGUCUUGGCUUUGCUGAAGAAGAUUGCUGAGAAAAAUAACAAUGAUAUUGAACCUGUUCUACAAAGAUUAGAGAAUAUCUCCACUGAAGAGGAAGACAGAAGAGCAACAACUGAAGUAAAUACCUCAACAAAAGUUACCUUAUUGAAUGUUAUGAAGUCUCCUUUGUUGUGUGUGAGGAUGUUCUCCUUGUUUUUUAUUUGGACAACAACAACAAUUGUAUACUAUGGACUGAGUCUUAAUGCUACAUCAUUCAACUAUGGCAAAGAAGACCUUGGGCCAUUUGUUGACUUCAUCUUUUCUGCUUUAAUGGAGAUUCCAGGCUACACACUAGCAUGGCUUGGCAUGAAUUAUAUGGGCAGGAAAAUCUCAUUGGCUCUUUCCAUGAUCUUUGCUGGAAUUUUAUGCUCUGGAGCAGGUUUCUCUCAAGAGUACAACACUGAUUAUUUGCUGGCUUUGACACUUCUGGGCAAAUGUUUCAUCACUUCCAGCUUUGGAGUAAUCUAUGUGUUCACUCCGGAGAUGUUCCCUACUAGUGUCCGCAGCACAAUAUUGGGCCUGUGUUCCACCUUUUCCCGCAUAGGAAGUAUGCUUGCACCUUUUUCCAAAGAGCUGGAACUUAUAUAUGGCCCACUACCCCUGCUGGUGUUUGGAGGGUUGUCUCUAGUGGCAGCAACCUUGGUCUUGGUGAUGCCUGAGACACAGAAAACUGAACUACCUGACACUAUGGAAGAGGCACUCAACUUAGGAAGAACCCAAAUUGUGCAACUUCCAGUAGACGAGGAGGAGGAGGAGGAGGAGGAGGAGCAGCACCUUCUACCUGAAGACUAAGAAGCAAUAAAAAUCAAGUUAAAGCAAGAACUUAGACAUAAUAAGCCAAAGAAGUAGCCUAAAACUAUAUUUUUAUUAUGAAGAUAUUUUUGUAAGCAAAUGUACUGUACAUUGUCCUUGGAUUUUAUUUUAUUUAUUUAUUUUUUAUUUUUUUUGUUUAUUUGUUCAUGUAUUUCAUUUUAUUUAAUUGUUUAUUUUUAUAGAUUUGUUAUGUAAAGGGGAAGAAAAUGUUGAUUUUAAAUUCCUUAAUUUCACUCAUAAAGGUUGUUAAUGCCACAUCAGAGGGAAGCUUCUAAAGAUUAGAUAGAUAAAUUUAUGUAUAAAUUUAUAUAUAUUUAUUUAUAUAUAUUUAUGUAUAGGUAGAGAUGUAGGUAUGUUUCGUACAAUGACAGCUACAUGUAGGUUUACUAGCUACUUGCAGCUUCCCUGUUCUUAUAUAUAAUAUUUGAAAACUGAAACUAUUUUCCCAUAGCAUUCAAUGUAAAAUGGAUUAAUCCAUUCCCAGACACCAGUCUAUGCUGUCUUGGUGGCUUAUGACAGACACUCCCACAGCCAAAAAGGCUGCCUUACAACAUCUGCUCACAAAUGAUUUAUCUAGAAAUUAUGUAUUGAGUGAACUUAGUGACACAGAACUCAUCAGAAGAUACUGUUUAGACCGAUCUAGUGAGGGAAGCCUUACAGAGAGACACAGAGAGGAGCGACCCACUUACCUCCAAAAUGAAGUGGAUCAUAACACUUAGACAUCUUUUUGCUGGGAAAAGCUAUUGGAAAAAUGCAGUUGUACAGUACUGAUGGCAUUGGGGGUCAUUGAGAGAGUGGCUUGGGAUUACUCCUGAGUGCCAAAAAUUGUUUGUUUACAUCAAGGCUCUUCAAUGGGAUCACAUUUACAUUAUUUCAAAGAUUGAAUUACAGUAAAAUCCCUCUUAUCCGGCAUCAACGGGACCGCUGACAUGCCGGAUACCAGAAAUUGCCGGAUACUUGAAUAGAAGUGAAAUUAUGUCCACAAUCACCACCCUACACUCACGCAUCUUACCAUAACAAAGAUCAGCUGAUCUUAAUCAGCAGCUGAUCUGAUCAGCUGCUUAAGUGUAAGCACAACACGCUUCCUCUUUUCUACAACUUUAGGCAUGAUGAAGGCAUCAGGCGAUAAACAGUGCACACGCGAGACUGAGUCACUGAGUAAGCACAGUGCAGUGGACCGCGGGUGGCGCAAAGCAUUGCGCUCUGGUGGUUAGGGGACAAAGUAUGCCUCGUGUGGGAAUUUUAAUCGAUUUUAUAAGUACACAUUGAUUUUUUAUUGAUUUUAAGGCUCGGGGAAAAAUGUGCCGGAUACUUGAAGCUGCCGGAUACUCGAAUGCCGAUAAGAGGGAUUUUACUGUACUGUAUUACACUCUGUAUCUCUUCUCCAGAUACAUAAAAAUGAAGUAGAUAUUUAUAGAAACUAUAAAUUAGUAAUAAAUAGCAGCUUUUGCUACAUCUUUUAAUAUUUGAAAUCAAGCAGCUUUGUUCUAGAGCUGAAUUAUGGCACCACAACAAACAGUAAUGAGUUAAAAAUUUUAUUAAAAAUGAUUUGUUAAAAAGGGAAACAUUCAGUAACCGAGGUUCCACCAUAUAUAUAUAUAUAUAUAUAUAUAUAUAUAUAUAUAUAUAUAUAUAUAUAUAUAUAUAUAUAUAUAUAUAUAUAUAUAUAUAUAUGUGUGUGUGUGUGUGUGUGUGUGUGUGUGUGUGUGUGUGUGUGUGUGUGUGUGUGUGUGUGUGUGUGCAUGCAUGCGUGUGUUUUUACCUAGUUAUAUUGUACAGGGCAUGAGCCUAAGCUCAUUUUAUCCUGUGUUUCUUUAAACAUGUGUACACUGUUCGCCACAACUACCUCUUCCUUCAGAUCAUUCCAGAUUUCAAUAGUUCUAUACGGGAAGCUGCAUUUCUUGAUGUCACUUGAACAUCUAUUCUUCAGUGUGUGUGUGUGUGUGUGUGUGUGUGUGUGUGUGCAGGGAAACUGCAGGAAGCCAGUAAACUUAUAUGUGGCAGUUCCUAUAUGAAACACAACACACACAAUUUUUUUCCUUCCCCUUUACAAAGCAUUCAUAAUGAUCUUAGAAAUAUAUUUUACAUAGAUUUUACUAUCUGUCCCUUGGGUUAGAUGACUCUGAAUAGUCAUCUUGACUUUGAUUCAGGAAGAUUUUAGUGUUUAUAUUUGAACACUUAUUUAAAUACUCUUUCAUGUGAUGUUAUUUCUUUGCAAAUGUAAGUCUUGGUGGACAAAGGUGUCCUUGAACAUAUUCCAAAUUAUGCAUUGUGUCACAUCAGAUAAAUUUGUGUAUAUUUCUUUUAUUUAAGCAGUUUUAUAUUUGGCUGUUCAGUAAUCUCAUGCUGUUGAAAAGUUAUUGACUGUCAUGGAAGGUUUCUUAGUCUUUUAGUGAUGGGUUUGUGUGCAAGUAUUGUUUCUUAGCCUUUCAGCAAUGGGUUUGUAUGCAAGUAUGACUUGUCAAGGUCAUGCAGCAGAAGGAACAUAUUUAAGUGUGGGCCUUUUGCUCUGCUGAGUUGUGUCUUGUUUUCUCCUUUCCAGGCUAGAAUUUAAAAGAAAAAUACAAAAACCUAGACAAUCAGUAUAAUAGGAAGAAGGCAAAGGUAUAGAGUCAUGUGAUUUAUGCUGUAUAGGUUAAUAUUUAAGGGAUAUUGAUUUGAUGCAGGAAUAAUUACCUUGUUGAGAAGAUUCUAUUCUACUACCAAGUAUCAAGCCUUGGCAACAUUUCAAUCACCAUAUUUAACUUUAUACCAGGAACAUGUGUGCAGUAUUUAUAAUAUGGCAGUAGCUGUGUGUGUGUGUGUGAGAUUCACCAUUAGCCAUGAUCAUGAUCAUUCCUUUGCCCACUAACUGUUACCUUCCUGGAAAGAGGUUAAAGCUCAUGAAGACUGAUCUGUGGCUAAGGCUGAGAUUUUUCAUAAGGAAACUAUAUAUAUAUAUAUAUAUAUAUAUAUAUAUAUAUAUAUAUAUAUAUAUAUAUAUAUAUAUAUAUAUAUAUAUAUAUAUAUAUAUAUAUAUAUAUAUAUAUAUAUAUAUAUAUAUAUAUAUAUAUAUAUAUAUGGUGCUUUACUUUCUCCAGGAACAUCCCACAAGGAUGGUGGUCAUAGCAGAACCUCCACCUCUCCUUACCCAAACACUCCUUUAUCUUAUCCUUCCACCUUCCAAGUUAUCUUCCUUUCCUGUUAUCACUUUCAACUUCACUCAUAUAUGCUUUCAUUAUAAAUUCUGCUCUUCAUCCUCUCAAUAUUCCUUUUCAUCCAUUCUACUACUCAUAAUAUAAUAAUUUGCACCACUUGCACAGCUGCUCUUACCGCAUCUCAUUGUUCUAAUCCUCCUGUCUUUUCACUCCAUACACCACUCACAGAUAACUGAUUUCUGCAACACACACUCUUGAUUUUUGUACCCCAUUUCAUAUCCAGGUCUGUGAUCCAUACAUCAGUUUUGGCAGGAGAAUACUAGUCUUGUCUUUACAUCCAUAGAUGCAUUUCUUCCUUUCAAGAUUCCUGGAAAUGAUUCCAUGACACACUUUUUCACAAUCCUCUCUCUUAUUUCUCCAUUCAUCUCAUCAUGUUUAUCAAGCACUGUUCUCAGAUACUUAAAUUCGCUCACCUAUAUUUUCCCUGUACCUGGCCACAACUGGUACACUUAUCCUAUAAAGUACCCUAAAAUUAUGCAUCACUUCUCUACUCUCAAACACCAUUACCAUAUUUUUUCCCAACAUUCACCUUCAGUUGUCUCUCACUCACCUUAUGGAAACUAUCCACCACUCUGAAGUUUAUUUUCACUCUGCUAGUUAAGACAGUGUCAUCUACAAACAGACAUGCUACAACACCACGUCUUGAUGUAUUCCAUUUCAGCCUUGCACCAACAUUUCCUGCUUUAGUUUUUAUCUCCAUCAUACAGACAUCCAUAAAAAAUAUUAAACCACCACAGAGAUAAAAACUAAAGCAGGAAAUGUUUGGUGCAAGGCUGAAAUGGAAUACAUACGUCUCACUCUUAUUCCUACAUUGAAAUUCUCUCUGAGUUUUCUGUCUGCAUUCACACUUACUUGCAUUCCUAUAAAAGCCUUAAUUCCUUCCAGUGACUGCCUUCCUACAUCAUAAGUCUUAAAAACAUCCCAGGUUUACCCAUCCACUGUUCUUUGCUUUCUCUAAAUUUGUGAAUGCUGCUUGCAACUUUACAUCCUGAAUACUCCUCAGUAAUAAUUUUGAUUCCAAAAAUCUGAUCCACACAACUAUUUCUUAUCCUUAAUCUUCCCUGUUCCUCAUUGACCUUCACAUUGUCACUCUUUUCAAUUUCUUAGUUAAGACUUUCCCAGUGACUUUCCCUUACAUACUAAGUAAACUUGUUCCUCUAUAACUAUUACAUUUAUUCAUGCAAUCUUAAUCUUCAUGUAGUUACAAGAACUGCCUUCCUCCACUCAUCUGCUAUUUCACCUUAUUCCAUACCAGUUUACUUAUUAGAAACAUCCAAUCUACUCCCAUUUUACCAUUCCUUAACAUUUCUUCAUUUGUUCCAUCUAUACCUCUUGGUUUACUUCACUUUAUUACUUUAUCUACCUCCUCUCUGAUAGGCAUUCCUCUCUGCAUAAACACUUAUUCUCUAUCUGCUGCUGUGUCCUUAUCAUUCCAUUUAAUGAAUAAGCCACUAGUGUUUGACAGCAGAUUCCACCUAUUUUGGUAUGUUUAUAGUGACUAACAGUUAUACAACUCACUGUGCUCCACUUGCCUAAAUUCACAAUCAAAAUCAGGAUAUCUUAUUGAUAAAUGGAUUAUUUUUGACCACUUGACAAUUAAAAAAAUAAUGAUAGUGCAUAUAUAUAUAUAUAUAUAUAUAUAUAUAUAUAUAUAUAUAUAUAUAUAUAUAUAUAUAUAUAUAUAUAUAUAUAUAUAUAUAUCAUGGAUGAGACUAGUGCAGGACCUCACAUCCACAUCUGUACUCUAACCACUUGACCAGUGCCUCCCAUUUCCUUGUUGGAAUACAAAGUAUUUGCCUUUUACUGUCUGCCAUUACCCUUGAAUGACAAUGAUGUUAUUCAUGGUCAAAAAGUCCAUAGUGUGAAGCAGUGUGUUUUGAUGCAACAACUAAUUUUUUUGUCUUAGUACAUUUUCACAGCCACUGCAGUGUCACAGUAGAAAACAGAAUUGACUGAUUGUCCUACUGGGACAAACUGUUUGUAUACAAUUCCCAUGAUAUAAAACAGCAUGCCCUUCACCAGCCCUGCUGUUUUUGGGUCUCAGUGAACCUGGACUUUUCCACUUAGAGGACUGUGGUUUUGUCUCAGUUUUAAUUAAAACCAGCUCUCAUCAUCUAUGGUAACACUGGACAAGGUUUUAUUUUCAGAGGAAACUAUAGUAUUUCCAGGCAUAUAUCAAAACUACUUCAGAUCAAUUGUCAGGAUACUCAGCACAAGUUUGGUAGCAACAUGAUGCAUGUCCAAAAUUACCAGCCAGAAUCUACUGGCAUGUCCCAUAAUCAGUGCUCACUGCAUCAGCAGGGUCAUGAAUGGUUUGAAGUUGAUUCUCACUAACAAGUUGUUGGAUUAUGUCAGUAAUGUUGAGCAUUGUGGAGCCAAUCAACUGAUGCCCAACUGGUCUUGAACCAAACAUACUAUUCAAACACAUAUAUGGCACAUGUUUUAUUCCCUGAAUUCUUGUGCUUAAACUGCCAGUGUCUUGGAUUUUCAUGAAUCUUUUCACAAUUGUAUACUCAUUUCCUGUUCCAUUCUAGGAUCAGUUGUGAAAUUGCCAUUCACCACACAACAUUUUGAAUACAAAGAUAUUAGAGGCCAGCAUAUCCACUCACACACAUGGUAAAGUGUAGACUGAUCUCAAAGAUAAGAUAAUACUCCACCUACCAGUACACCCCAACAGUAUCUUCAUAAGGUAGAAUAAGAGAUUAUCUGAAUUAACAUUUGUUUCUUUUCAUCUCAUCUUUCUGUCUAUUUUAUAUUUGUCCUGCCUUCUUUUAUCAUCCAUAGGUUGCUUUUUUUUUUUUUUUUUUUUUUUUUUUUUUUUUUUUUUUUUUUUUUUUUUUUGUAGAGUGGGGUGACAUGUCUGCCUUUUAUAAUUUUUUUCCUUUAAAUCUUAAUCAAAAUGUCUUCAACUUUCAUUUGCUCCUAAUUCAUGAUGUUUCCAUCUUCUGCAAUUCAAUGCCAAGCAUUAUCCAGAUUUUUUAUUCAUAUGCUAGAACUGAGACUGCAUUGGUCAAAGAUAUUUAUCUUAAAAUAAUAGAUCUCUAAAACAUUGUGCUAUCAAAGGCACUUCAUUCCAUCACUGUUAUAUUUCUUGUGAUUGGAACUUAUAUGUACUGGUUUUGGCCCACAGAAAUGUACAUAUACUUUGUCCUCUACCUAAUUUUCUGGCCUGAUAUAUAAUUAUUGGACAUUACCUUAGUUUUCUCCAGGAUCUUCAGCUACUAUGAGAGAUGGCCAAAGAAGAGAGAAAUUCAAGCAUACUUGCAACUGAGGUAAUUAACAAAAUUAAAAUAAGACAAACUGAACUGAUUUGGCCAUCUAAAAAGGAAAAUAUCUUGGUUGAGUAUUGAAGUGCAAGGUAGAAUUCCAAGUGGGUAAGCUCAGAAAAAUGAGAUAAUGUCCUGAGGAAGAACCAAAACAGCAAAGAAAGCUGCAUUGACUAUAUGGCUUGCCAAGGUGCAGUUGGAUUUUAAAGAUCCACUAAAACAUGGAACUUUACUUUUAAAACAAAAAUGUAUGUCAAUAUUCCAGACUGAGAUCCCUUACAGGUGUCAAAAAUGAUGAUGAUGAUGAUGAUGAUGAUGGUGAGGGAUGUUUUCCUAUAAGACUGAACUCCAUAAAAGUAAUUUCCUUGUAUAAAAUGCUUUUAGGGAAGAUUAUUUUUUUUAAUUCUUUAGUAUCAUGUUUGUAUUAUACAAAGGGUAUCCAAAAAGGCUUCUUUUUUACUUAGUUCAUAUACAUGAUAAAUAUAUCUAUACAAUUUGAUCUCACCAUAAUG